UAGCUAUGCUUAGCAUGUCUUUGUAAGCAGCAGUUCUUGACUGGGGGAAAAAAAUAUCUGUGUGGUGUUUUAUGAGUUAUGAAGAAAUUUGAAGAGCAUCAUCCUUAAAACUAAUGUUUGAACUUAAGCUACAAACUAGCUAGUCUUUCACAAACUUUGUGUGUAUCUGCAUAUAUUGUUGUGUGUUCUUCAGGAUGACCAGGCAUUUGCUCAGAGUCCUGCUGCAGAUUGAGGAUAUUACUGUGCAGUGAAUUAUUUUCAGGGAACGUUUAACAUUAAGGAAAGACAAAAUUGUCCUGUGGGGUGUGUGUGUGUGUGUGUGUGUGUGUGUGUGUGUGUGUUUUUUGACCUACUGUGGAAACUGCAUGAGUAUUAUUGUGUAAACUGAGUACUAUGUGACCAAAGGGAUCCUUUGCAUUAAGAUUAUAUUAAGGUACUGGACAGACUGUCAAAUUUUGAAAUUGAACUACUCAAAAACAUGUUUUUAAGUUGUGCUUUUGAGGAGAAAUGCCCUUCUAAAUGCUCUACAGUUAAUCAGCAGGAAAGAUUCUAGUAAGUCUCUAAAAAGUGGUUAAGGGAAGGUAGUAUCAUGGGAAAAGAUGCCAGGUUCCUGUCUAAGAUGUUGCUGAUGAGGUAGAAUUUUAGAACAGUCCUGAAUUGUUGCUGGGUAAACUUGGAAGCAGCUUGUGGUGCAAGUGUCAAAGCCAGGCUUGAAAGAAAACAGUCCCAAAAGAGAAUCAGAAACAUGAGACUGAAGAGGUUCUAAGAAAACCAAAAGUAAACAUUCAUGUAAAAUAAAUCAGUUUUUCUGGCAUACUACCUUCACUAAAGUCACAACAAAAUACUAGCAGAAAUUCCUAUCAAAGAACACCUUAGAAUAGAAUUUGUUUGUGCAAUAGAGUGGCAGAGGAGCAAACAGCAUCAACAUUCAUUGAGGUGAAAUUAAUAAUUGUAACCCCAGUUUCUGAUUCAGGAGAGUACUGGUCACUUCUAGAAACUGAGAUAUUUAUUUAUCUUAGUAAUGAACAAAUAUUCUGACUUUGUUCUUGCCAGAAUGUAUAAACAGGACUCCUUCACACAAACCUCUGCCCAGUUAUGACUUAGGCAUUAACUUUUCAAACCGACCAAUAAUGUGCAGUCACUGAAGAAGGUUUAUGGAUAUUGUCUACUUGUUUUUUUAGUAAUCUAUGGAAAGAAGUCCACGCUAUGAAGUUUUUUGUUUAAGAUCCAAAUGUAGUGAAUUGAACUGUUGUGCUUGGGACAGUUAUUCAUCACCAGUGCCUGGUGCAGUUAUUCAUGCAGAGCAGGCAUGAUUUUACCUUUACAUUUUACCAGAAAAGAAUAUCAAAAUAAAUCUGCAAUUUGGACUGAAAUAAAACUGUAAUUCCACAUCUGCAAAAAGAAGAGAUGCAAAGGCAGUAGAAAAUGCAAAAAGUCUUGUUCAGUAAGUUUAGAAAUAUUUAUUUCCUGUUAGAAUCUGACUGGAAAAUUCAUAAUUGUGUGAUUAUGAGGAAGUAUAUGUAUGCUAUUUCAUGCCCAACUAUGGGAAAAGUUUUGGAAAAUCAUAACAUUAGAAGUUCAGAAAUCAUGAAAAAUUCAGAAAGAUUGCAACCAUGUGUUGUAAUUAAGCUGGUUGUGGGUUGAAGAAAGUGGUGUCAGUAAUAUACUAUGAGCUGCAGCAGUGUCUAGCAAUCAGAGAAGCCAUAAUUGCAGCCAGAUUUCAUUUGUUUUUAAAGCACAAACAUCUUAGGACCAAUAUCAAAUACAAAUAACAAACUUCUCAUAUUUAGGUUACGGGCUUUUAAUGUGUUUUUAGAACACUGUGUAUUCCAGGAAGUGUAUUAAAAUACAUUCAGAGUUGCUAUCUUUAAAAGGUAAGGUACACCUAAAAGGAGAACCAGUAAAUGCUUGUGACGGAUACCUUGGCAUGUUGAAAGUCAUGUAGUUAAAGAAUUCUUUUCAUACGUAUUUUGAAAUUGAAAGGGUAAUGAACGUUUCAUGGAACUUGCUUACCGUAAAAUGAAUUACAGUGGAACACUUACCAGGAAGUUGUAUCUGAUGCAAGUUAAUUAGUAAUUUUUUUUAUAGAGAAUGAUGCUAUAAAGCAAGCUCAAAAUCCAUGAUCUUUGACUUGCUGUGGUCAACAGCAGUAACAGAAACUUCAUUCUGCUGCUAACAACAUCUGGGAGAAGCCGUCAUUACCACACUUGCCAACAGGAUGUCCGUUCUUAAAGUCUUGUUUUUCAUUCUAUUGGUGGCUGGUGAUUCUCUGAGUCAAGAACCCAACUGCACUGCAAUUGAGGACUUUGGUGACUGCAGUGGUAAUAGCGACGGCUUCUGUCCUGCCAAAGUUCCUUGUCAGUGUAAAAAUGAAAAACCUUUUUGCAGAUGUGAUUACUACAGAGAGGGCUGGAUGGAGUAUUGGUACAUGGGCCCUAAAUGUAACCAGCUUUGGAACACACUGGAUUUAAUACUAGUAUCUGUUCUUCCUGCAGUAGCCCUGGUUUUCAUAGUUGUUGCAAUAUUUCAGUGUGUCUAUUGCUGUAAAGGUAAAAAAGCUGGGAAGCAGACAAAUUCUCCGUACCAUGAAGUACACCACAACCCUACAUUUAGUCACGAACUGUCUGGUAACCUGGGGCAUGCUGCUCAGCAGUCACCAAGGGUCACCUGGACUGGGCAACUGCCGAAAGCUGUACUGAGAAGACAAGAUUUUGAAGAUCUCCCAGGCCCGAGUCACUUAGAUAAUUCUAGCCCCAGAUAUGCUCAGCCAAUGAGGAGACCAGACUAUGUUUCCAGCCAGCAACCCCAGCAAUUUGACAGCUUUGUCUAUCCAGGCAGCAAUAGACCUUAUGGAGGUUAUGCAGAGGACAGGCAGUAUUCGAGGUACUAAUGCCCCUUGAUCUGAAGUAUCUCAGAAUGCUGCAUGAUCAAUGAAUGAGCAAUCCAAACGUUGAGAGAUCAGUAAGGCCUUGUGUACCUGGAUGCAGAAAAAAUAGUAACUCGUAGAGAGCACUAAAAGUCAUUUGAAAAGAAGUAUAGAAGAUAAUUAUAAAACAAAACAUAAUUACAAAACUGUUAUCCAGUUUAUUUACUGUAUAAUUUAUGAAAGUUUAUCUUUUUCUGGAUACCUGAUUUAACAGUUAUUACAUACUUAAAUUGUUGCACAUCUAUCUGGACAGAGAUUUUUGUGAUUAACUAUGUUGUGUGCCUGACUGACAAGUGCCUGUUAGAAACAGCUGCCUUUUCUCAGAGGGAACUCAUAGGAAAGAAGAAAGUCUUCCCAAAGAUCCAGUAUAAGAGCUGAUAAAUACACGUGCUAAUUAUCAUUCUUCCUUCAUUGCUGUGGAUUUAAAUCUAUAUUAAAAAGAAAGGAGAAGCUGCAUUUUUCCUUAUUCCUCAGGAAGGCUUGUCAAAGACAACCUCUGCCAAGUACAGUUUUUCCAUUUGGCUUUCCUGUUCAUUUGUGAUUUUUACUCCACUCUGUCUCGCUCACAAGCUAGUGAGCAAUGGUUCCUAAUACAGUGUUUUUAAAUAAGACCAUGUAUUUCUCUGACUGAAAUGUUGGAGAUUCUUAAGGGCGUUUUAGUGUGUAGAAUCUAUUGUUCCCUGAUAGGCAUUUGUUUUUCUUUUCUUUUUUUUUUUUUUUUUUCUCCACCAGAAGAGCCAGUAGUUAAGAAAGAAAAGCAACAGAUUUCAUACAAGCUUGAAUAUUUAUUAAAAUCUGUAUUCUUGCCAACUCCAGAAUCCCAAAGAAUGAGGCAAAAGGGAAGGAAGGUUCUCUUGUCAGGUGUAGCCACCUAGUCCACUGACACUAGCAGCACUGAACGAGUGUAACCGAGGCACUUAGGUUCUCAUUUUCUCACGAUGCAUCAAAUAAUGAAAUACUGGCUAAUACAGCAAUGUGAGCCCUGCAGUCCCUUGUUUCUUUUUGUCUUAGUCACCUUGUUGAACCUAACAGCUCAGAUUUUUUUCUUUAAAAAUACAGUCUUUCUUUGUAAUAUCUUUUGUGAAUAAUGAAAAUAAAUGAAGCUAUGGAAAA